AUGCUGGGUCGCUCCGCACACGAAACGAUGCGGACAUCGACGCUAGCCUCCUGGCAGCCGCGUGGAACGGAUUCGGCCCUGUCGUUGUCACCGCAGCAGCGGCCAUCGCCGUCGCUGAGGUCUCCGCCGAGUACGCCGCAACAGCGCGACGGUGGGCGCCAUCCGUAUCCACACCACCAUCGUCAUCAGUAUCAGCAACGCGCGAAUCAGCAGCAGCAGCAGCAGCGCACGCCUCGCGCUGGCGCGGUCGCCCCUCCACCAUACUCGGAUCGCAGCGAUGCCGCGUCUGCCGGCGAGUUGGUGUCACCGCUCAUGCGCUCACCGAGGGUGUCCUCGCCGCUUACAUCGCUGCUUCAGCAUCAGCAGCCGCAUCACAGGCGGUAUCGCUCCUCUCUGCCGGCACCGCCGCCGCUGCGCAGCCUGACGCUCUCGUCGGACCGUGUAUCUCUGCGACUCGCACGCGCACAUGCGCCGCACCACCAGCAGCGUACCCAUUACGUUGACCAGAGCGGUCGCACCGCCACGCGUCACGCUCCCCCGCUGUCGAUCGCCGCCUUGGAAGAGCACAACUCAGCGAGUGCCACGGCCCGGCAUGGGCCUCGCGCCCACAACCGGCGACGCACACGCGGUCGCAGCAACGUGCGACUGCACCUCCCGGCGCCGGUGCUGAGCAGCAACCAAACAGAAGACAAGGCGCAGCCGUCCACGCCGGUGGAUCAACGCAUCCCGGCCAUGGUGCCACCGUCGUAUGAUAUGUACAACCUCGACGUGCCUGGCGCUGGUAUGCGUGCAGCAGCAGCAGCAGCGACGCAUGGUGCCUACGCGUCGUCAUCGCCCACCUCACAGGCGCACCAGCUCAAAACUGCGCAGCCGCAGCCGCAGCUCCUGCACACGCUGAAGCUGGUAGACGGUGUGUGGCGAGUCGUCGUACCUCCGCAGCAGCAGCCACCGACAUCCGGGCCACAACUGCAGCAUUGCACGGCCGCCCACCCGCACCACGGCAACCCCGCAUGCCACUCACCCAGCAAUCACAGCUGCGACUGGUGCGGUGGCUUGGACAACGGCGAGGCGGCGUCGGCCACGGAGGCCGCCUCGCCGAUAAGGUGUCGCGGCGCCAACAGCCCAACAUACAGGACUCCGACAACGACCCCAUUCACCGCCGCCGGCACGCCGUGCGGCGUGUCUAUGUCGGCGUGCGGUGGUGAGUGGAGGUCGCCGUGCCUCGCGGCGGCGAAAAUGUGGUGUCACCACCAGCGCUAUCCGCUGCCGUGCCACGCCCGCACCACACCCGCGUCCGUCGCAAUGCGUAGCAGCAGCGUCGGCCUAUCCGACGGCGUUGACAUGGCUCUUUCACCCGUCUCCACCCCUGCGCGUGCGCCGCGUACGCCACGGCAGCAGCAGCAGCAGCAGCAACCUCACCUACUGCACGGUCGGCACGGCGUUCACCACCACUGCGACGCCCACUCCCUGUCGGUCCCUUCCCUCGCUUCCGAAGAGGCGUACGCCAUGUGCGGGCAGUGCAGCACGCCGCACGAGGCCGAUCUGGCAGCCGGCACGCCGUCGUCGGCGGUUCCCGGCGCCGCUGCCUCGGUGGCCAGGCGGGGCUACCAGCAAGCGUUGGUGACACCAACAAUCGUGAUUGCCAGGGCGACACCGGCGACCGCCCGAGACGUGCUCACCGGCACCACGGUGCCGGCCUCUCGAUGGGGCUUUACGAACUCUGCCGCCGCCUCCACAUCUGUCGGGCCAACGCUACAGCACGACAACGCGCGCACGACGCUGUCAUCAAUCGACUCCGUCUCUGCUGCUACGGCCGCAGCCGAUGGAGGCCGCGGCCGCGCAGUCGCCGUCCAUGACGACGACGACGACGAUGCGGCACUACUGCACGCCUCCUCCUCGGCCUACCUGCGCUAUCAACGCAAUGCAGACUUUCUCUACGCCGUCGACUGCGCCGACGAGUGCGAGACCGCCGCGGUGCCGACGGCCAGAGGUGACACAGCGCUGGGCAAUGCGUUCAUGCUCGCCGCCGCGCAAGCCACCGCGGCCAUGGACUCGUCAGUUACGGUGUCCCGCUCGGCCUCCUCCUCCUCCCCAGCGCCGUCGUCUGUGUAUUACAGCCCGCAGCAGUUUCGCGUUGGCGACCUGCAGCAGAGCGCACCGGCGACAGCAACGACGACGCCGGCGCUUCGCAUGCGUCAGCCACACAACUGGGCGCUAUACGGCCAACGUGUCACACACACGGUUUCGCAACCGUCUCACGCUGGCGGCGGCAGCAUUCUCCACAGCUGCGCAACCGUGACCCCGCUGCGGUGCUCGUGCCGCGACGCGGCUGGGUGGGCCGGCCCAAACGUUCUGACGACCCCACCCAGCGCCUGCUGCGGUGCCCCCGGCACCGGGGAGGGAUGGCGGUCCCCGAUGCAGUGGAACCCGCGCCAGGCUCGUGACGACCUCGAGAUGGAGGCCGUGAAGCACGUGGCGCAGUUUGCCUUGGCACAGGUGGCCGCCACAGCAGCAGCAGCACCGUCAACCGGCUUGUCGUCGGUCUCGUUGUCUCCCUCGUACGCCACGGUAUCUUGGAACACUGUGGCGCAGGAGGCGGUGGUUGCUGUUUCGCCGUCGCACGCGCGGAAUGCAAGCCCGGCGGAAGAGGCGCGCGAUGACUCGGUGAGUCAGUACACUGUCGCCCUUGACGGAGAGGAGGCGGCGGCGGAGUGGCUGGAGCUGCUUCUACAUUAUCGUGACCGUGAAAAUGAAAGUGGACGCAUUCGUCGCGCUCUCGUCGAUGCCGCAGCAACCGCGCAGACACCACCAGAGGCCGGGGGUAGCAGCAACCCCAGCGCUGCCGCGGCUGCCGUGACGGCGGCGACGACGCUCUCGUGGUGGGCCACAUCGUCCCUUAUGCGUGAAGGGUUUCCAUCGCGCGGCAAUGGAAUUGCACUACAGCAGCAGCAGCAACAGGGGCGGCAGCGGCAUCACGCUGGAACUCUGCCCGCUGUAUCUUCUCCAUCGAUGACAACAGCGACACGAGCGGCGCUGGCGCCACCACCGGCACAGUUGUGUACCGCCAUGAGCGCACACAGGGCAGCGCGCACAAUAUCGCGGUGUGUGCGCCAUAACGUGUGGCGCAUGCGCGAGAACGAGCGCCAGCGCGUCUCUGCCUCCGUCGCCGCACGCGUUGCAGCGCGUUAA